AUGGCAUUCCACAAUAGGCGUAUUCCGGAAUGGCUGAUAUAUAAUAUGACCACAUUCUCUGAUAAUCAUUCACAACCACCGCUGUUCAGUAAAGUUAUAGGUGUGCGAUUACUAUCAAAUUCAAAGGCAGAUGAAAAAGCUCGAAAUAUUCGUAUUACGGUCGAAUUUCAAUCAGUUAGUUCAUUACCAUCGUCACAUCACUCGAAGGAAUUGAUUAUUAAGUUAACAGAUGAACAAGAUCCAUUUUUUCUUUAUAAAUUGCACUUGAACGAAGAAGAUUUUCAAAACCUUAAAAUAGAACAAGGUUUAUUAGUUGAUUUCAGCGCGUUUCCACAACACGUAAUUGAUUAUUUAGAAACAUGUGUACGAGAUAAACCAAAUGAAGCAACGGCAAAAUUUCAGUUACAAUUAGUGACAAAAGAUCCAUUUUCUUAUGAUAAUAAUGAUCAAACUCAUUUAAAAGUUGUCGAAAUAAGUUCGUUUAAACAUUUAACACAUUUAUCAUUAUUGGUGACACGAGCAAAUGACAAAGAAAUAAAAACUUAUCUUGCACGACGUUUACAAUUACGAAAUGAAGAUUAUGAUCGAAUGUGUAAUGAAUACAAUUAUAUUAAACGAGAAUUAGAAAAUACACAACAGUUAUUAAAUGAGAAAAGUAUUGAAUUUGAAAAACUGAAAUUAGAAUGGAACUCAAAUAACAAUCAUAUUAUUGGUAAACAUAUGCAAGAAUUAGCUGAAGAAAAACAAAAGUCACUGCAGGAACGAACAAGUUUACAACAAAAAUUGGAUAAUGAACGGCGUGAUUUAGAACAAACCCAUCUAAGAAAUAUAAAACAAUUGCAAGACAAUUUAAAUGAACUUCAAGAUUCAACAAAAGAUUUGACAAGUUUAAAAUAUCGUAAUGAAAUCACUAUAAAUGAAUUAAGUUCAAAAUUGAAAACAACAAGUGAAGAGUAUCAAAAUACAAAAGAUGAACUAAUUCGAUUUCGUAAAACGAAUACAACAUUAGAGAAUGAUGUACAUCAGUAUGAAAAAACUGUUAAUCAUUUACGAACAAAAAUAGCAUUAGUCGAACAAGAUUUGAAAAACAAACAAGAUAUAUUACAACAAACACAAGAUAGAAUAUCAGUUGAACAAGAAUCAAAAAAAAAACAUGAAGAAAAUGUUCAAUCAAAAUUAGAAAAGAUAAAAGAAUUAAAACAAGAUUUAUUGAAAGGAAAUGAAAUUAUUAUUAAAUUUCGAAAUGAAUUGGAAAAGUAUAAGAAUGAUCUACAAACGUGUCAGACAGAAUUGAUCAAAUGCAAAGAUAAGAUGAAAACAAAAGAUCAAAUUGCUACAAAACAAGAACGUCUGUUACAAGAAAAAGAACGUGAAAUGGCUAAUAUUCAGAAAGAAUUGAAUGAAUCAAAUAGUAAAGUAGAAAAGGCAAAUGAAACAAAUCAGAAGUUAAAUGAACAAUUAAUUGAAGCAAAAGAUUUAUUGAAAAAGAAUGAGUUAUUAUUAACCUAUUUGAAUAAACAAAUAACAGAACAAAAUAUUCAUCCGUCAAGGAUAAACAACAGUUCAACGUUAGAUUCAUCAUUAGCAACAAACCAUUUUAGACCAAACACAUUUCUGACGAAUACAAUGAAUGGAAAUGAUCAAUCUCAUACACGUCAUAUUACGCCGUAUGGUAGUCUUCAAGCACACUAUAUGCCUCCACAAAGUCAUGUACCAACAUCAUUGAAUGGAAAUGGUUAUAUGCGAAUGAACACUUCUCAAAUUCCUACAUCAUCAAAUGUAUCUAAUAAUAAUACUACGAACAGUAUGAUAAAUAAAAAUCAAACAAUACCACCAUCUCAGAAUGGUUUAACGUCAACGAUGAAUAAUGAUAGUGAUAGUGCAACGAAUACUGAACUUCGAACCAAAGACAAAGAACAUGCACGUAUCGAUCCAAAAUAUUUUCAAUUUGGUAAUUCUUCAACUAUAACAAGUGGAAAUGUAUUAAAAUCAUCAAUAUCAGCUGGAAAUAUUCAUAGUGCACCAAUCGGUUCAUCAUCAUCAAUAAAAACAUCAUUACAUGCCAAUGACAGUGAUACACAUAUUACAGAUAAUACAAAACGUCCAUCGAGCACCGUUAUUACAGGACAAUUUAAAAAUCCAUCAACACGCACAUUUAGUGAUAAUCGACAGCAUCAAGCACCCAAAGUAAACACAACUCCUCUAGCAUCAGCAUAUUCGUCAAGUAAACAAAUGUAA